AUGGGAAUCCUACAGGUUGAUGAGCUGGUCACAGGGAUUGGAAACAAACAGGAGGACCAGUAUCCAGCUGAAGAAGGCAGGAGUUCUGCAGGACAAUGGAAACAAAAUAGUAACCUUCAAUGUGAAAGUGAAGUUAUUCUCAAUAGCUUUAAUACUGAUAACUACAAUAAUGACCUCCAGGUCCCAGAAGACAGUCAAAGAAUAAACACAAGGGCACCAGAGAUAGUGAAUGAUUUUGUCGAUGAGGAUGACUUCCUGAGGGCAGCACUGGAAAACAAACUGCCAAUGAUCAAGAGUUACCUUGCCAGGGGUGCAGAUCCAAAUGCAGAGGACAAUUUUAAACGGACAGCUCUACACCGAGCUUGCUCACAAGGCAACGUUGAGAUUGUGAAAGUGCUUUUGGAGGCAGGAGCUUCAAUUGAAAAUAAGGACAAGCUUCAAGCAACUGAGGUUCACUGUGCUUGUCGUGGUGGAAGCUUGCCUGUGCUUGAGGCACUACUUAACCAUGGCGCAAAGCUGGAUGCAAGAGACAAGCUUGGCAGCACACCCCUUCACGUGGCUGUGAGAACAGGAAACUACGCAUGCGCCGAACAUCUCGUUCACUGUGGAGCAGACGUAAACGCAAAAGACGUUGAGGGCGAUACACCAAUACAUGAUGCAGUGAAACUGAACCGCUUCAAAUUCAUACAGCUUCUUUUGUUGCACGGGGCCGACUUGAAACACAAAAAUUUUGAGGGAAAGUCACCUAUGGACUAUGUUUGUGAUUGGCAGAAUGGAGCUAAAAGCCUCUUUGACAAUAUUAAGGAUGAGAAAAACUAGAAGCCUGUACAUAGAAAACGUUUGUCUAACACACCUAUUGACAAACAAUAUCUGGGUUUAUACUUAAACAUCUGCAUUGUUAUGUUGUCUGUCUAUUUAAAUCUCAGUAAGGUGCUUUACAGCACUCUACGUGAGACCACACCUUCAAAAAAUGAGUGUUUAAAUAUGAAGCAUGGUAUAGUCCCUUCUUAUUAAAUGAUAUAUGAGGCAGAGAACCCUAAUGGAAUAAGGUGCUUUCACUUUUCACAUGAAGUGGAUUU